AUUCGAGGGGAAGCCCCUAGCGUCAAGGUCUUUCUUGUCACUGUCAAAGCAAUGGUUACGGUCUUCCCCCCAGCCUCAAAGUCUUUCUUGUCACUGUCAAAGCAAUGGUUACAGUUUGGUUUCAAAAAAAAGAAAAAGCGGGGUUACAGUCUUACAGAGCGGAAGGCGACUUGGAAGGGGGAAGUCGAGAGUAUAAUUUGUUGACUAUGGGCAUGCAAGAUGGGGUGGAGACUAUUCUUUUCGGUGACUUCUAUCCAAAAGCCGGGGACUAAUACGGAGGAUAAAGCACGUCGGCGCCAAUUAUUUUUGGAACGGAAAAGAAAGCAAUGGCCAUGAUAGGAUUCUUCCUUGUGUUGGGUAUAUCGUCAGCAGCCCUGGUUCGCGGCCAGCCAGGUUUUAUCAGCAUAGACUGUGGCAUCGCUGAAAAUUUCCGCUACAUAAAUGGCCUCACGGGUUUGGAAUAUGUUUCUGAUGCCCAAUUCGUUGAAACUGGGGAAAAUCAUAACAUUUCUACUGAUUUCCAGACAAGUUCGCUUCCAGUGCAGAACUUAAACCUUCGAAGCUUUCCUACUGGGGCUCGAAAUUGCUACACCUUGAAGGAUGUUUAAAAGGGUAACAAGUAUAUGAUUAGAGCCGGUUUUAUGUACGGGAAUUAUGAUGGCCAAAAUCGAAAACCACAAUUUGACUUAUAUGUAGGGGUCAAUCACUGGGAUUCCAUGAACAUAACUAAUGCAUCCUCUAUCUACGGGACAGAGAUUAUGGUUGUUGCUUCUGCUAAUUUUAUAUCCGUAUGUCUCGUGGAUACGGGUUGCGGUCCACCAUUCAUAUCUACUUUGGAGUUGAGGCCUCUCAGGAAUGAAAUCUAUAAAUCUUUAAGUGGGUCGAGUUAUUUUCUGUCCGUUCUACGAUAUGACAUGGGAUCAACUGAAAAUCGGUCGACAAGGUAUCCAAAUGAUGUUUAUGAUCGUAUGUGGUUUGUGGCCAACGAUCCUGCAUGGACUUCAUUAAAUACGUCUGCAAGCAUGAACAACCAGCCAAAUGAUGGCUUCGAGGUGCCAUCAACGGUUAUGAGGACUGCGGCCACACCAUUAGAUGGUUCCAAUCUUCGAAUCCUUGGGGAUGCGCAGCAUGACAAUCCUCCAUUGAAGUACCAUAUUUUUUUGCAUUUCACAGAGAUCCAGUUGCUGAGUGAGCAGUCAAGAAUAUUUGACAUCUAUUUGAAUGGAAAUUUGUGGGUUGAUGCCUUCUCCCCUCGUUAUUUGAAGACGGAUAACAUAGUCACUGAAGAGCCUUUGAGCUUGGAACAUUACAACAUUACCAUCUGCAAGGCAGCCAAGUCCACCCUUCCUCCGAUUCUCAAUGCUAUAGAAAUCUAUAAAGUCAAACAAUCAGGAUUGGAGACAGAUGGUGGAGAUG